GGGGAUAGGUUGAGCAUGCCUGGCUGCGUCCCACGGUCACAACACCGUCCAGAGAUGGCCUCGCUGUCAUCCCCCCUACGGGUCUGCAGAGGAAUACUUAAAGAGUUACGUGCCAUCCAAGGACACACUUAUAAACGGUCACUUGCUUACAACUAUGUAAUGGACCAGUUUCGCAAGAAUACGGUAACAGGAGAAAGGUACUGCCGUGCCCAGCAGGAGGCAAGCCACGACGCGCACACAUACCUGUGUCUGCUGGCUUCUACCAGGACCCACAUGGCCCUGCACAACACGUACCACGGCAAAGGAGAGCGCAGCAUAGAACAAUCGGCUGGCCUAGUGGGGCUCAGGUUGCCCACUCAGCCAGGAGGGAAAGGCUGGGAGAAGUGAGGACAUGGGAGGGCGCAAAGAAAAACUGUACACUCUUCAUAAUGACCUCUCUGUGGCUUCACCUCAUGAAAGUAAACUGUAAAG